CCCCCCAGAACACCCCAGAAGAAGAAGAAAGUCCACUACCUAACAGCCCCCUAGAACACCCCAGAAGAAGAAGAAGAAAGUCCACUGCCUAACAGCCCCCUAGAACACCCCAGAAGAAGAAGAAGAAAGUCCACUGCCUAACAGCCCCCUAGAACACCCCAGAAGAAGAAGAAGAAAGUCCACUGCCUAACAGCCCCCUAGAACACCCCAGAAGAAGAAGCAUGAGCACCCUGGACAAGCAGGAGCAGACUGCUGCAGGGGGCAGGAGGGUCAGUGGUCAGCAGAUGAAGCAACUUGCUGCUGGCAACUCCAGCAACAAAGGAGAGAGGAAGAUUGUGUGUCUGGAGUGUGGAAAAGAAUUCAUUUCAAGGGAAGGCCUCAGAUAUCACACCCAUACACAUGCUGGUGUGAAGAACUAUCAAUGUAAGGAAUGUGGGAAAAAAUUCAGCCGCAAGAGUGACCUUAAUAGACAUACCCUUACACACACUGGUGUGAAGAACUAUGAAUGUAAAGAAUGUGGGAAAAAAUUCAGCCAGAAGAGUGCCCUUGAUAAACACACCCUUACACACACUGGUGUGAAGAACUAUGAAUGUAAGGAAUGUGGGAAAAAAUUCAGCCAAAAGACUACCCUUGAUAAACACACCCUUACACACACUGGUGUGAAGAACUAUGAAUGUAAGGAAUGUGGAAAAAAAUUCAUCCAGAAGAGUAACCUUGAUACACACACCCUUACACACACUGGUGUGAAGAAUUAUGAAUGUAAGGAAUGUGGGAAAAAAUUCAUCCAUAAGAGUCACCUUGAUACACACACCCUUACACACACUGGUGUGAAGAACUAUGAAUGUAAGGAAUGUGGGAAAACAUUCAGCCGGAAGAGUCACCUUGAUACACACACCCUUACACACACUGCUGUGAAGAAAUAUGAAUGUAAGGAAUGUGGAAAAAAAUUCAGCCAGAAGAGUGACCUUGAUAGACACACCCUUACACACACUGGUGUGAAGAACUAUGAAUGUAAGGAAUGUGGGAAAACAUUCAGCCGGAAGAGUCACCUUGAUAUACACACCCUUACACACACUGGUGUGAAGAGUCAUGAGUGUGAAGAGUGCGGGAAGAGGUUCAGUGUGAAGCAGGCACUCAAUCGACACGUUUUCAGGCACUAUGGCCUUAGAGAGUUCAAGUGUGAUGUUUGUGGAAAGCUCUUUAAGACAAGGGGUGACAUUGCCAGGCACAUGAAGAUCCACUUCUGAAGUGUGUCUGCCUACACAGUAGUUAUAGUGAUCAGGGUGUUAGCAGCAGCUGAGCCUGAUAGGGAAAGGGAAGUGAAGGAGAGGUAAAAGUGAUCUUGUAAGACAAGGAAGAAAGAAGGCUUGCCUGUGAAUUGAUAAAAGGAGAGGAGCCACAGCAAGAAGAGGAAGGGAAAUACUGAUGGCUGACUUUCCACAGCUGUGGCAGCUGCACCUGGGCCUGGAGCCUGGUUGAGUCUCACAGCUACAGUGAAUUACUUACUCCUCUGUGAGGUGAGGGGCAAGAGAAUGUCACCUAACACUAAAAUAGCUGGAACAUGUAUUUAUAAACCAUUGCUGCAGCAAAAGAAUCAAUGCCUUACAGUGGUGUGCCUCACCCAAGAGUACCACUGAUGCAAGUGAUAAUAGGCGCACUUAACAUCACCAAAUGUGGGGUACAAACUUGGCGGAGGUACUAUUUUAUGCCGCCAUAAGGCAAUAGUGGGCUAAGGAAUAGCCUCUCCAGAUAUUUUGUAUUUAUUUAUUAAUGAUCCACAAGACAUCCUAGAGUUAAGUCAAAGUAUGUGCUUAUCUUUGUAUUUGUAUUUCUGUGGGGUCUGAUUCACUUAAUUGAGUGAAAUUCUAUUGUGAUACAUUUUGGAUCCUUCUUUUCUUGUAUUUAAUUCUUACUUUUUUAUUUAAUUUGCAUUAACUUGUAUUAAAACAACUCUUUUAUCACUCAUUAAUUACUCCAUAAAUGAUCUCACCGUCUCGUAUCCCUGGUAGCGUGAUCCGGCUUAAGGGGAGCGUCUGGGGGGGUAUUUUUGAUGAAUAUUUUUAAUUCCUCGAAAUUCACUUUAUGGGCUCAUCAUACCAGGGAUACAAUGGGGUGUCACGUGGCGAGGUUAGUUUUUUAAAAUUUAAAUCCUCGCGCGGUCUGGCGGCCCUUUAAAUAUCUGGUAGUGUUGCCAUACAGAGCCAUACGCGCCAAAAUAUGCAUACAUGAAUCAGUGCUUUUAUGUCCGUAAUUUUUGCAAUAGAGGAUAUUUUUUUACACAGGGUUAGAGUUACAUUGACAUUCAUUACCAAUACAUUGUCAUCGGAGAGCAGAAUUGAUGGGCGAUCGAUAAAUUUAGUUUUCCUUCGUUUUCUCAAAACAGGGUCACACGCGCAUUUAUUUGAUAUUUCUAAGUUAUUUAUGGACCUAGCACAAACAUAAAGAUAGCGUUGGAAAGAGAAAAAAAUUAGCUAUAAAUGCUAGUGAUCAGAAUCUGGAUAAACAUCAUCAAAAUUUUUAUAUAAAUUUUCUAAGUUUAAACUUUGAAGAAAAAAAAAAAAAAAAAAAAAAAUGGAAAA